AUGGCUGCCUCUGUGAGAUCGAUAUGCUUAGCUUUUGUUUUAAUGGUUACGCUUUUUUCUAUGGCGAAUGCGAGAAUUCCAGGAGUUUACAGUGGUGGACCUUGGCAAACUGCUCAUGCUACCUUCUAUGGUGGCAAUGACGCAUCUGGAACCAUGGGUGGCGCGUGUGGUUACGGGAAUUUGUACAGCCAGGGCUAUGGCGUGAACACAGCGGCACUCAGUACCGCUCUGUUUAACGACGGACUGAGUUGUGGUUCAUGCUUCGAGAUAAAGUGUGCGAAUGAUCCAAGAUGGUGUCAUCCCGGUGGCCCUUCCAUCUUCAUUACUGCUACGAAUUUCUGUCCUCCAAACUAUGCUCUGCCAAGCGACAAUGGCGGUUGGUGUAACCCUCCCCGUCCUCACUUCGAUCUCGCCAUGCCUAUGUUCCUCAAGAUCGCUGAAUACCGCGCCGGAAUUGUCCCCGUCAGCUACCGUAGGGUCCCAUGCAGGAAGCAAGGGGGAAUCAGAUUCACAAUCAACGGCUUCCGUUACUUCAACCUGGUUUUGAUCACCAACGUCGCGGGUGCAGGGGAUAUCAUGAAGGUGAGCGUGAAGGGAACCAAGACCGGAUGGCUAAGCAUGAGUCGUAACUGGGGUCAAAACUGGCAGUCAAACGCCGUUCUUGUGGGCCAGGCCCUCUCGUUUAGAGUGACAGCCAGUGACCGCCGAAGCUCAUCCUCGCGCAACGUGGCACCAGCUAAUUGGCAGUUCGGUCAAACCUUCACCGGAAAGAAUUUCCGUGUCUAGCCCAUUUUUAUGCUUUUACUCUCCAACACCUUUUUUCUUAAAUGUUUUCUUUUUUUAGUUACCCUUCUAUUUUCCUUCAUUUUCCUGGGAAAAUUAGAAGUGCUAGGUGUGGCGUAGUAAAAGUUACAGGGCUUGUUUGGUAGAACAGAAAAUAGGGAGGAAAAUGUUGAACCCUUUGUGUUUUUUUUUAUAAUUUGGAGUGUUUUGUAGCAAUUACUCGGAGUGGCAGUAAUAGUAAAAAGCCAGCCUGAGCAAGAGGAAAAAAGAGUCAGGGGCUGAAGCGGCUGCACUGCAGGAAAA